CUAUCUCAGAUGCACUCCAUGGUGUAUAUGUAUGUCCCUUAUACACACAUAUACACACAAACACACACAGCUGUGUAUCAGUAUGUCCCUUUUACAUACAUAUUUUCUACACACACACACACAGCUGUGUAUCAGUAUGUCCCUUAUUCAUACAUAUUUUCUACACACACACACACAAACACAGCUGUGUAUCAGUAUGUCCCUUAAACAUACAUAUUUUCUACACCAUCAGUAUGUCCCAUACACAGCUACCUCUAUCUCACACACACACACACACACACACACUUGGCUGUCAUGUGAAAGCAGAGCGGUGGUGCUGUAUUAGCGAGGGACGGGCCAGAGGGCAAAUCAGAACCCUCCCAUUCAGCAGCAGCUUUAAAAGGGGCAUACACUGACCCCACACACACUUACAACACACUCUUGCGGUAGAGCUGAACUCUGGACAGACACACACACACGCACACCGAUCACAGAUCUCAUGUGCUGCCAGUUAACGUGAGACAGAAGGACCGGAGACUGUCUUCAUUACACACGAGGCUCUGAGGAGACACACACACACACACACACACACACUCACACACUCACAGCUGAGUGUCACUGCCUGCACACAGACACUCACCUCACACUCACAACACACAAACCUACACAGAGGUUGACAUCUCACCAAACCCUGAAGUAAGACUAAAUCACGCACACGCACACGCACACACACACACACCAUCUGAGCCCCCGUCCUCACUGGCUGUCUCAAACUAGACACGGCACAGACCCCGACCCCUGCAGCAGCUCCUGGUCCGCUCCCAUUGGUGUGGUUCUGUUCCGGACCUACUGGUCAUUACUGCCACGGCGAUGUCCCUGUGGGUGCACGUACUGGCCUGUGCCUUUGGGCUGGGUUCAUGGGUGGCGGUCAACGGGCUGUGGGUGGAGCUUCCCCUGAUCGUGACUGUGCUGCCGGAGGGCUGGGAUCUGCCGUCACACCUGACGGUCAUCAUCCAGCUGGCCAACUUGGGCCCGCUGCUGGUGACAGUGGCGCAUCGCCUGUGCCGGGGGCGCGUGCGGGAGAGUCCGGUGGUGUCCGGCGUGCUGGCGCUGGGCGUGCUGUCCUGCGUGCUCCUGGCCACGCUCUGGCGUCGCACCUCCUGGUUUCUCGGGCAAGAGCGCAGCACUGCCUUCUUCGCCCUCACCUUCUUCCUCGCCCUCCUCGACUGCACCUCCUCCGUCACCUUCCUGCCCUUCAUGAUGCAACUUCCUGCCAAGUACGUGACGUCCUACUUCAUCGGCGAGGGCCUGAGCGGGUUGGUGCCGGGCCUGGUGGCGUUGGCGCAGGGUGUGGGCAUGGCCCGCUGCGUCAACGUCUCCCAGUCAUCCGCCAACGGCAGCGACCCCGGCUUCGCCAUCCAGACGGAGUACCUGCCACCCAACUUCUCCACUGAGGUCUUCUUCGGCUUCCUGGCACUCAUGACGGCUGUCAGCCUGGCCGCCUUCGCCGCCCUGACCCGUGUACCACGCACCUACCAGCUGUCCACCGAGAACCUGGUGCCGGAGAGCGACUCAGUGGCGUCCGUGUGCUCCGGCGUGGACGCCAAGGGCUCCGGCGGCGGUGAGGAGCGCGUGCAGAGUCGCCCCCUGCUGGCCAAGCCUGGCCACAGCGCGUCUCAGCUGGCCUUUAUCUACGGCAUGGUGGUGUGGGUGAACGGCGCUACCAACGGGCUGCUGCCCUCCGUGCAGACCUACUCCUGCAUGCCCUACGGGCACCUGGCCUACCACCUGUCUGCCGCCCUCGCCUCUGUGGCCAAUCCCGUCGCCUGCGUCAUCGCCAUGUUCCGUCCCAAACGGUCGCUGGUGUUUUUAGGGGUGCUGUGUUUCCUGGGCUCUGUGUUUGGGGGGUACAACAUGGCCAUGGCUGCCAUGAGCCCCUGCCCAUUGUUACAGGGCUCAGCGUUGGGGGAGGCCAUCAUCGUGAUGUCCUGGGUGCUGUUUACUGGCCUGCUGUCCUAUGUGAAGGUAAUGGUGGGGGUGAUCCUGCGAGACGAGAGCCACAGCGCCCUCGUGUGGUGUGGAGCUGCAGUGCAGGCUGGCUCCCUGCUGGGCUCGGUCACCAUGUUCCCACUGGUCAACAUCUACCACCUCUUCCAGGCUGGGGACGUCUGCAGCACCACCUGCCCCUCCUGAGCCACUGGCCUGGGCUGGGAAACAGCGCCCCCUGUGGCUUGGAGGCUAAUGUGCAGGACUGUGUGGGACGCUUCUCGCCCAGAGACACAGACAAUCUGAACUGCUGUGCUUCUCUAUCUUUAUCUUUAUUUAUUUGGCGGACGCUCUCAUCCAAAGCGACUGACCGAUACAAGUCAAGUAAUAUCAUGUCCAGACUCCUUGGACCAACUCGGGGUUAAGUGCCCUGCCCAAGGACGCAACUCGGCAUUAAGUGCCCUGCCCAAGGACACAACUCGGGGUUAAGUGCCCUGCCCAAGGACACCACAGUGGCACCUGGGAAUCAAACUCAUGACUUUUCAGGCCACUGUAGGCAAACCAGGCUCCUUGUCCACUACACUGCCAUACUGCAGACAAACUCUGCUCCUUGUCCAGUACACUACCAUACAAACGACAGCUCACACACUGCACACACUCAACACACACUGCACACACUCAACACACACUGCACACACUCAACACACUUAACACACACUGCACACACUCAACACGCUUAACACA